AAGGUAGGGCAAGCCAUCAUAGAUAAAAGGCCAACUUCAAGCGUGAAUAGCGUGAAAGAGAUUUUAUUUUUUAUUUUAGGGUUGAUGAGAAGGAGCCUUGGGUUGAGGGCUUUGGUAGAAGGCGAAGAUCUGAGAAUGGCGGGGCGAGCUCGCAAUCCCGUGCAGGGCUUUCUUCUCUGGCUCCGCCGCCAGCCGCCCAAGGUGAAGACGGCGCUGGGCUGCGUCGGCGCCAUCGCGAUGCUCGUGCUUCUUAGGUUUCUAGUCGUGGAUCACGACAAUCUCUUUGUUCUCGCGGAGGCGAUCCAUUCCGUCGGCAUCAUCGUGCUCAUCUACAAGCUCCAGAAGGAAAGAACUUGCGCUGGCCUGUCGCUGAAAUCGCAGGAGCUCACAGCCAUUUUUCUCGCUGUGAGGCUCUACUGUAGCGUGGUAAUGGAGUAUGACAUCCACACCCUUCUCGACACGGCAACUUUGGCCACCACGCUGUGGGUGAUUUACAUGCUGCGCUUCAAGCUCAAGUCGACUUACAUGGAAGAUCUCGACAACCUCCCGUCAUACUACGUGAUCAUACCGUGUGCCGCUCUUGCUUUUCUCAUUCAUCCUUCUACAGCGCAUAACGUCGUCAACAGAAUCCUUUGGGCGUUUUGCGUCUACUUGGAGGCUGUCUCGGUGCUGCCUCAGCUGCGAGUUAUGCAAAACACCAAGGUUGUAGAGCCCUUUACCGCGCAUUAUGUGUUUGCACUUGGUGUGGCCAGGUUUUUGAGCUGUGCGCAUUGGGUGCUCCAGAUUAUAGAUGGCCGGAGCUAUUUGAUCAAUGCCUUGGGCUAUGGAUGGUGGCCUUCCAUGGUUCUUCUUUCCGAGAUCGUACAAACGUUCAUCUUGGCUGAUUUUUGCUACUACUACGUCAAAAGCGUUCUUGAGGGACAAUCCAUUGUGCGACUUCCUUCUGGAGUUGUCUGAUCGCGAGUUUAAAUUAACUGUUGUUUCAGAGACUGUAUUUCUAACGCAAAAAAGAGAAACGCAGAGACUUUUUCGUGUAAGAAAAAA